GCCAACAUGUCUCACGUCAAGGGCGUCGUCCUCGUCCUCCUGUUCCUCACCGCCUCCGUCUGCCAGGCCAAAACCGGCAGUCUGAGGGCCACCACACAGCAGAACGGUGCCCUGCCCAACUGGCUGGUAGGACUGGCAGCGGUGGUCGGCUUUCUCUUCAUCGUCUUUUUCAUCCUUGUGGUCAAGAGGAUCUUUUUCAAGAAAGAAGAGGAUGAAGAGGACGAGGAGAAGCCUGAGCCCACCGUGUACGAAAACAAAGCUCUAGACGUGGACGUAGAGACGGCCAACGAUAAAACCACCAGUCUAUAAUCUAUAAUCUAAGAGAAGACUCAGUUUAAGAGCCAGUGAUGCUGACACGUUGUGGUCCUCUGUGGACUUUACAAACAGGAGGUUUUUGGUCUGUUGGUCCUGGAGUCUGUAAAGUUGCUUUGAGACAAUGUCCAUGGUAAAAAGCGCUAUAUAAAUAAAUCUGACUAGACAAACACUGGAAAAUAAGGAUCUGAAUGACAGAUUUAUUGUGUAUAUUUUUAUUCCAUACAGAAUCCAAUCUGAAUGUUUGAGCAGCUGAGCAACAUUUGAAGAGUCCAAUUGCAAAAAUAAAAAGAUAUAUCACAAUCCAUAAAUUUUAAUAAAUUAUGUUUAUUUUUUAUUAGUUUAUUCCAGGUAAUAUGAAUCAAACUGCAGCUAAAUGUUUUGAUGAAGUAA